AGCGGCCUCCCGCAGCCCCCGGCCCCUCCCCCAUGGAAGAGGAGGAGGGGACGGCGGCCAAGGAGUGGGGCACGACCCCCACGGGGCCUGUCUGGACCGCGGUGUUCGACUACGAGGCGGCGGGCGACGAGGAGCUGACCCUGCGGAGGGGCGACCGCGUCCAGGUGCUUUCCCAGGACUGUGCGGUGUCGGGCGACGAGGGCUGGUGGACCGGGCAGCUACCCGGCGGCCGUGUGGGCGUCUUCCCCAGCAACUACGUGGCCCCCAGCGCCCCGGCCGCGCCCACAGGCCUCCAGCUUCCUCAGGAGAUCCCCUUCCACGAGCUGCAGCUAGAGGAGAUCAUCGGUGUAGGGGGCUUUGGCAAGGUCUACAGGGCCUUGUGGCAUGGCGAGGAGGUGGCCGUCAAGGCCGCCCGGCUAGACCCCGAACGGGACCCAGCAGUGACAGCAGAGCAGGUGCGCCAGGAGGCCCGGCUCUUUGGAGUCCUGCAGCACCCCAACAUCAUUGCCCUCAGAGGUGCCUGCCUCAGCCCCCCACACCUCUGCCUAGUGAUGGAAUAUGCCAGGGGAGGUGCACUGAGCAGGGUGCUGGCAGGUCGCCGUGUGCCCCCUCACGUGCUGGUCAACUGGGCUGUGCAGGUGGCCCGGGGCAUGAACUACCUACACAGUGAUGCCCCUGUGCCCAUCAUCCACCGGGACCUCAAGUCCAUCAACAGAAGGAGAAAAGAGGAGAAAGGCACCCAUUCUCUUUCAGGACACUUCCUGGAAAUCAGCUUCGGGGUGUUGCUCUGGGAGCUGCUGACGGGUGAGGUCCCCUACCGUGAAAUCGACGCCUUGGCUGUGGCGUACGGCGUGGCUAUGAACAAGCUGACGUUACCCAUUCCCUCCACGUGCCCCGAGCCCUUUGCCCGCCUACUGGAGGAAUGCUGGGACCCAGACCCCCAUGGCCGGCCAGAUUUCCGCAGCAUCUUGAAGCAGCUUGAAGUUAUCGAACAGUCAGCCCUGUUCCAGAUGCCGCUGGAGUCCUUCCACUCGCUGCAGGAAGACUGGAAGCUGGAGAUUCAGCACAUGUUCAAUGACCUCCGGACCAAGGAGAAGGAGCUCCGGAGCCGCGAGGAGGAGCUGCUACGGGCCGCACAGGAGCAGCGCUUCCAGGAGGAGCAGCUGCGGCGGCGGGAGCAGGAGCUGGCCGAGCGCGAGAUGGACAUUGUGGAGCGGGAGCUGCACCUGCUCAUGUGCCAGCUGAGCCAGGAGAAGCCCAGAGUCCGCAAACGCAAGGGCAACUUCAAGCGCAGCCGCCUGCUCAAGCUUCGGGAAGGCGGCAGCCACAUCAGCCUGCCCUCCGGCUUUGAGCAUAAGAUCACAGUUCAGGCCUCUCCAACCCUGGACAAGCGGAAAGGAUCCGAUGGGGCCAGCCCUCCUGCAAGCCCGAGCAUCAUUCCCCGGCUGAGAGCCAUUCGCCUGACUCCCGUGGAUGGUGGUAGCAGUGGGACGUGGGGCCGCAGUGGGCCCCCAAAGAAGGAAGAACUGGUUGGGGGCAAGAAGAAGGGCCGGACCUGGGGGCCCAGCUCCACGUUGCAGAAGGAGCGGGCUGGAGGAGAGGAGAGGCUGAAGGCCCUGGGGGAAGGAAGCAAACAGUGGUCAUCGAGCGCCCCCAACCUGGGUAAAUCCCCGAAACACACACCCAUCGCCCCAGGCUUUGCCAGCCUCAAUGAGAUGGAGGAGUUUGCGGAGGCAGACGGAGGCAGCAGCGUGCCCCCCUCCCCUUACACCACCCCAUCCUACCUCACCGUGCCGCUGCCCGCCGAGCCAUCCCCGGGCGCGCCCACGCCCCCCGCCAGACAUGGGCCUAGCGGCCGGCGGCGCUGCGAGCUGGCCCUGCUGGGCUGCGCCUCGCUGCUGGGCGCUGUGGGCCUGGGCGCCGACGUGGCCGAGGCGCGUGCGGCCGACGGCGAGGAACAACGGCGCUGGCUCGAUGGCCUCUUUUUCCCGCGUGCCGGCCGCCUCCCGCGGGGUCUCAGCUCACCCGGGCGCUCCCCGGGCCGCCGCGACGACGCCUCCCCUGGCCCGGGCCUGGUGCCUUCGGCCACCCUUGUGUCGCUGUCGUCCGUGUCUGACUGCAACUCCACGCGUUCGCUGCUGCGCUCGGACAGCGAUGAGGCUGCGCCGGCCGCGCCCUCCCCGCCGCCCUCCCCACCCAGCACCAACCCACUGGUGGACCUGGAGCUGGAGAGCUUCAAGAAGGACCCCCGCCAGUCGCUCACGCCCACCCACGUCACCACCGCACGUGCUGUGAGCCGCGGGCACCGGCGGACGCCAUCGGACGGGGCGCUGGGGCAGCGGGGGGCGCCCGAGCCCGCGGGCCCCCGCCCUGGCCCUCGAGACCCCCUGGACUUCCCCCGCCUGCCUGACCCUCAAGCCCUGUUCCCAACCCACCGCCGGCCCCCUGAGUUCCCUGGCCGUCCUACCACCCUGACCUUUGCCCCGAGACCCAGGCCAGCUGCCAGCCACCCCCGCCUGGACCCCUGGAAACUGGUCUCCUUUGGCCGGACACUCAGCAUCUCGCCUCUGAGCAGGCCAGACACUCCAGAGAGCCCUGGGCCCCUCAGCAUGCAGCCCACACUGCUUGACAUGGACAUGGAGGGGCAGAGCCAAGACAGCACAGUGCCCCUGUGCGGGGCCAAUGGCUCUCGCUGAGGCCUGCCUACCACCACCCGCCUGGGCAGCCAUGAAUGUAGCGCCCCAGGCCCUGCCCCUGCCCACUGUGCCACAGAUGGGGGAGGCCCUGGGCAGGAUACUCUAUUUAUUGGGGAAAAGGGGGGAGGGGGACCACUUUAUUUAUUCCUUUUUACCCCAGGGGGUGGGGCCCUGUGCCCGCCCUGCAGGGGGUUGGGGGUGGGCAGGGAUACUCAG